CGAUUCGUCGUUCUUCUCGAUAACCUCUGCUUCGCCGGAAAAAACAAAACAGGCAACGACUUUUGAGAGCUAAAAUCGGAGAUUAAGAAUGGCGAAUCAAGGAGCUAAGAAACGAAAGGAAGAGAACGCACGACACAUGGCUAAGCUCCGUCGUCUCAUCAUCGCUUCCAAUGUUGUGUACUUCGUUGUGAGGAUGUUGAUUUUCUACUCAAGCUUUACUUGGAAACAUUGGAUCGGCUUAGUGAUAACUUCGCUGGCUUACGCGUUUCCAUAUAAGCAGCUUAAUCAAAUGGCUAAACCUAGUGUUACUGAUGAUGGUGAGCUUAUUGAUGGUGGAUUUGACAUGACCACUGGUGGAAUCUGUGGAUACUUGCAUGACGUUAUCUAUAUCACUUGCUUUGUUCAGCUAGCUUCUAUCAUCUCUGGGAAGUUUUGGUACACGUAUCUAGUGAUUCCUGCGUUUGGAGCGUAUAAAGCUUCUGGUCUUAUUCGCGGAUUCAUGUCACAAGGUUCAGAGGGAGGUGUGGAAGAUGAAAAGUCUCGUAAAAAGAGAGAGAAGAUGGAGAGGAAAGCUUCGAGAGGGCAAGUCGUCAAGACAAGGACAAGAUGAAUGUGUUGUUAUAGAAUGAACUUGGGGAUGAGUA